AGUAAAGUCUGCGGCGGGUCUACUGAGGAAUUAAGGCAAGUGUUCAGGUGGAUGAAGAUACUGGAGGGGGAUGAUGGAGGGCUGGCCAACGGUGGCCUGGAUCCUGCUGCUGACCGCCAUCUCUGACCGACUGAAAACCAUCCAGGCGCGGGACUUCACCAUGAAGGACAUCAUUCUGCUGCAUCCUUCAACCACGCCUCACCCCGGCAGCUUCAAGUGCUUCACGUGUGAAGACGCAGCAGAUAACUACGACUGUAACCGCUGGGCUCCAGAUGUUUACUGUCCAAAGGAAACCAAUUACUGUUACACCCUCCACAUGAUGGAUAACCUUGGAGACAGUGUGUCUGUAACCAAGCGCUGCGCCACCCUGGAGAACUGUCGGUUUGCUGGCUGCGUCACUGUCACCGAUAACGGCUACCAGGUGUGCACAUCAUGCUGUGAGGGGAACAUCUGCAACAUGCUGGUGCCGAGAGACAACAGCAGUGCCGUCUUCUCCAAGUCUCCUCUGGUCAACUCAGGCACGAGGCUUCACCCUGCAGUGCUGCUCUACUUCAUCAUCAUUAGCAUCAGCACCUGCAGGGUUACAUCUGUUUGAGAGGGAAUCAACACUUUCAUUUUUGAAAGGGAUGUCGAUUUUCCCUGGAGUGUGGUUAUGUGAAGUACUUGUGACUGAAUAAGGUCUUACCUGCAGUAGACCAGUGGUCAC